AUGAGUGCUGAGCCAAGCCUGAACUUCAAUCACAUCGGGGUCUCAGUCCCGAACAUUGACGAAGCAAUCCAAUGGUACUCUACCGUUCUCGGAUUUCGUCUCCUCCGUCGUGUAACACGCGCCCGUUUGGAAACGCCCAGAUCGCCUGUUUUCACGAUGUACGGUCCGAUCAUGCAAAAAGCAAAGAUUGCAUUCAUGACAACGGGGAAUGGAAUUGGAUUUGAGGUGUUCGAGUUUGUCGAUCCUAAGUAUGAAAAGCCCCAACGUACCUUUGAGGAAGGGGGCUUCACAACAGGCGGCCCAUUCCAUUUUGCAAUCACAGCUCCAGAUGUUGGCGCUUUGGCAGCAAAGGCAGUUAGCAAUGGGGGGAAGGAGAUAUGUGGCCCCGUUGAUAUGGGUUCUGGUCAACAAGCAUUGUAUAUUUCCGAUCCAUGGGGCAACAUCAUUGAGUGCAUGAGCUGCAGUUAUGAGCUACUCGUCGGCCAACAAGGCAAAUAG